AUGGCGCAAAACGCUGCCCCUAAAUUGGAGAGACAGACAGGCAAUUCAGAGAACCCCAGCUUACUGGAGCAGGAAGCCCAGAGCCAAGAGCUCCAUGGUAACCAGGGACAGGGAAGCCCCCAGGGUCCCCAGGAGGCGCCCAGGGUCCAAGGUCCGGGGCCGGGAGCUGCUACCGAGGACGUAGAGGCGCUAGGUCCUGCCUUCUACCCUAAACGUUCCUUUAAGCCGGAUUCCCAAGGGCUUCAGGCGGCCUUUCCUGCAAGUCGCCGGGGCAUCGCAGGGCAUCUGCUGCCCCCUAUCGGUGACUUUAAGCCGGAAGACGCCCCGGCGGAGGGUCUUCAGGACGACAACGGAAAAGUCCCACUACACGCUCAGAGCGCUGGUGCUGGCGCCCCCAACUGCCGGUGGCAGCAGGAGAUCCGGGAUCCAGUUGGUCCCCUCCGAGGGUUCCGCCCGCCCGCGCUGGCGGUGGGGCCCUCCAGGGUCGCUGCGAGUCUGGGAGAGGAAGGAGGCUCCGCUGGCUCCGUUCUCCCUCCCAGCUCGCCGUGGCCAUGGCCCCGCCAAGUCUCCGCUCCCGAGCGGCCGCAGGUGCCGAGUGGCCGAUCCCCGGAGCGAGUGAAACGCGGGGCUCGCCGCCCCAUCCCGUCCCCGGCUCCAGGAGGGUCUCCGGCGGGUGGCCGCGUCCCCUCGGUCCGGCGCCCCCUCCCCGCGGCCUGUGGGCGCGGCGCGCAGGGGCGCGGGCGGGCGGCGGCUCCCGGGCGCAGGCGGAAGGCGCGGCACCGCCUCGGUCACGGCCGCCGCCGGGCUCAGGCGGAAGCCCGGGCUCCGGAGGGGCGGGGCCGCCGCGCCCGGCGAGGCCCAGGGCUCCGGGCCCCGGCGCGCCCGUCGGUGCAGCAGCGGAGCCCCGGCGGCCGCCGCGCCCGCCAGGCACCGAUGGCCCCUGGUCAGCUUCAGCGCCCUCCCCGCGCGUGGUGGGGCGAGGCCGUGCCCACGCGUGUCCGUCCGGCUGCGCGUCUGUCACUUGCACACUCGGAGCCCCUCCGGCCGCGCAGGCCCCGGCUCUGGGGUUGGCGGCUCCCGCGUCUGCCACCUCCAGGACCCGGAGCCGCCAACCCCAGCCUCCCGGCGAGCCGGGACUUCCCGGAUGGGGCCAUGCUUUCCUUCCAGGACAACCAGGGCUCCUCCCCUCCCGGCGAUCUUUCUAGGAGGCCACCUCCAGAGAUUCCGAGGCGAUUUCCUCCCUGCCGGUACCAAACCGGUAACUCCUCUCACUGA